AUGGCUGAGGCAUUACCUUCGUCCUUCGAGGGAUGGAUUCGUUCCUUACUCAAUGAUUUACAAUCAAACAGCGAUGAUAUGAGUGAUUUCGUUCAAUAUUUACUCGGAAUCGUUUCAAGUGACAGUGAAUCUGAUGACGAAAAACUAACAGCCAUUGGUGAACUACUCGCUGAUCUUGAUUUAAAACACGAUCACAAUGUUGGUGAACUCAGCCAACAAAUACUCGAUCGAUGGUAUCAAUCACAAAACGAUCUAGAUCAUCAUUCGAAAGCUACUAACAACCGAGUAGCGACUAGUAAAGAUGAUGAUGCUAUCAACAAUGCGUUGAUAAAUGCUAUGAACCAAAUUGAAUCAACUUCAAAGCUACAUAGAUCUCCAGGUGAUACAAAUUGGAACAAAUCAAGCGAUGAUGCUGCUUUGAAAAAACAUAAGUCUCAAGUCUUAGCGAAAUAUUCGGAAGUUUCCGAUGAAGAAUUCGAUUAUGGAGAUGACGAUGAAGCAAACAGCAAUGUUUUAUUCCAAAACACAAAUACUCAAGAUAUUGAAGAUCGUGAAAAGAAAGUUCGUGAAUUACAGCACGAGACACACAAAAAGCAGCAAGAGAAGAAUAAAAUCGAUGCUAGCAAUCAAAAACAAAAAGACGAUGAGAGAAAAAAGAAGGCACAACAACGAGCUCAAAAACAAGAAAGACGGCGUUAA